UGGAGGAAGAAACUUUUGCUUCUAGGCUUCUCUAUGGGGGUUAUGGUAUCUGUGUGGUUAUUUUUUAGCAUGAAUGCUAGCAUUAUCUCGAGGAGGAAAGAGAAUCUUGCAACUAUGUGUGAUGAGAGAGCACGGAUGUUGCAAGAUCAAUUUAAUGUGAGUAUGAACCAUGUGCAUGCACUGGCCAUAUUAGUGUCUACUUUUCAUCAUGGAAAGAACCCUUCUGCCAUUGAUCAGAAAACAUUUGCGGAGUACACAGCAAGAACAUCAUUUGAGAGACCGCUAAUUAGUGGUGUGGCCUAUGCUCUAAAAGUGCCUCAUUCACAAAGAGAGCAAUUUGAGAAGCAACAUGGAUUGAAAAUAAAGAAAAUGGAGACUGAGGAUCAAUCUCCUGUUCAGGAUGAUUACAUACCUGAGAAGCUUGAUCCUUCACCAGUUCAAGAAGAGUAUGCACCCGUAAUAUUCUCCCAGGAAACUGUGUCUCACAUUGUAUCCAUUGAUAUGAUGUCUGGCAAGGAAGACAGGGAAAACAUAAUGAGGGCUAGAGCAUCAGGGAAGGGGGUCCUAACCUCUCCUUUUAAUCUUCUCAAGUCCAACAACCUAGGCGUGGUUCUCACAUUCGCAGUUUAUAACACCGACCUUCCUCCAAAUGCUACACCAGAAGAGUGUAUUGAAGCUACUGUUGGGUAUCUUGGUGCAUCAUUUGAUGUUCCAUCCUUGGUCGAGAGGCUCCUUCAACAGCUUGCUAGCAAGCAAACAAUCAUUGUUAAUGUCUACGAUACAACAAAUUCUUCUAUGCCUAUUAGGAUGUAUGGCCCUGUAGGCAGUGGUGCUAGUGAGUUGCAUGUUAGUAGUUUGGAUUUCGGGGAUCCCACUCGAAGGCAUGAAAUGCACUGCAGGUUCAAGCAAGAGCCUCCAUGGCCUUGGUCUGCUAUAACUGCUUCUGUAGGGGUUGGAGUGAUUGUUUUGCUUGUCGCGUAUAUAUUUCAUCAAGCUAUUAUCCGAAUUGAACAGGUUGAAGAUGACUACCAUGAAAUGAGGGAGCUUAAAGUUCGAGCAGAAGCUGCUGACGUGGCAAAGUCACAGUUCCUGGCUACUGUCUCCCAUGAAAUCAGAACUCCAAUGAAUGGCGUUUUAGGUAUGUUGCAAAUGCUGAUGGACACGAAUCUCGAUGCAACCCAACAAGAUUUUGCAAUGACAGCUCAGGCUAGUGGAAAAUCUCUAAUAGCUCUAAUAAAUGAGGUACUCGACCAGGCUAAGAUAGAGUCCGGUAGGCUUGAACUAGAGGCUGUUCCUUUUGAUGUUCGUGAUGUCCUUGACAGUGUGCUCUCGAUAUUUUCUGACAAGUCACAGGCUAAGGGCAUAGAGUUAGCUGCAUAUGUUUCCGAGCAUGUACCAGAGGUUCUUAUCGGGGAUCCUAGUCGGUUCAGACAGAUCAUCACAAAUCUUGUUGGAAAUUCUGUGAAGUUCACAGAAAAAGGGCAUAUCUUUGUUUCAGUGCAUCUAGUGAAGGAACUGAAAAGCUCACAUGAAGCUGGCAACACUUUGAGUGGGUAUGAGGUAGUGGACGGAUGUAAGAGCUGGGAGAACUUUCAAACUUUGGAUUUCUCAGGUGAAGGUAGUGAUGCAAUCAACUUGCUGGUGACGAUCGAAGACACUGGUAUUGGAAUACCUCUAGAUGCUCAGAGCCGCAUUUUCAUGCCCUUCAUGCAAGCUGAUAGUUCAACUUCACGGACUCAUGGGGGAACAGGAAUAGGCUUGAGCAUAAGCAAGUGUUUGGUGAACUUGAUGGGUGGGGAAAUGGGGUUUGUUAGUAAGCCUGGGAUUGGUAGCACCUUUUCAUUCACAGCUGUUCUCAUGGAAGGACGGAAGAAUUCAGCAGACCUGAAGAGACAUGACCCUGACCAAGAUGUGUCCGAUUUCCGUAGGAUGAGAGGAUUAGUAGUUGAUGGUAGAGGUAUUCGUGCUGAGGUUACAAAGUAUCAUCUUCAAAGAUUAGGAGUACAAGUGGACAUUGCCAUGGAUGAAGAAUCUGCGAUCUCUUGCAUAUUGGAUGCUUGCAACUCAAGAGCUGAGCAUAUAGACAUGGUGCUAGUUGACAAGGAAGCUUGGGGCAAGCAAUUGGGCAUGGCUUUCCCUCGUCCUUUCAGAGAGCUACAACAAAAUGGGAAAUUGAAGCCUCAAUAUGAUUUCCCAAAGAUGUUUCUACUAGCAACCUCUUUAAAUCCUCUCGAGGUUGAUGAGCUCAAAUCAGCAGGAUAUGUUGAUAGCAUGAUAAAGCCUCUCCGACUAAGUAUGAUGGUCGCUUGUCUAAGAAGGGCUUUUGGUAAAACACCUCGGAAACAAGCUGUGGUACUUCAAAGCCUAUUGAGGGAGAAGCAGAUUCUGGUUGUUGAUGACAAUAUAGUCAAUCGCAAGGUUGCUGCUGGGGCUUUGAAGAAGUAUGGAGCUAUUGUAACAUGUGCAGAAAGUGGGAAGGUCGCUAUUGAAUUGCUCCAGCCCCCUCACAAGUUCGAUGCUUGCUUUAUGGAUGUUCAGAUGCCAGAGAUGGAUGGCUUUGAAGCCACGAGGCAAAUUCGAAGUAUGGAAACCAGAGCAAAUGAUCAUUGGCACAUACCUAUUCUUGCAAUGACUGCAGAUGUGAUUCAAGCAACUCAUGAGGAAUGUCUACGAUGUGGCAUGGAUGGCUACGUCUCAAAACCAUUCGAGGAAGAACAGCUCUAUACUGCUGUAGCCCAUUUCUUUGAGACUGAUAAAAGUUGAUCUACUAUCAUAAGAGUCACUAAUGGAUUGAGCAAGGUCAUUGAAGCUUGGCCUACAAUUCGCGUGGAUCAGAACUUGGACAGAUUCUUCAAGGUAUUCUUGUCAGGUACUAAAUUUCAGAAUCUAUGAAUCAGGUCGGGUAUCAGUCCUAGUUACUACUUAACAGGAACAUUCGUAAAGAUGUCACCAUAUCUAACCUAGGUAGAGCUUACAGUUGAUUCAUUUGCAUGUAUAUAGGUCCGUUGAGAAGUUCUUGUAGAAGUGCAUUUUUUCCACUUGAGAUUUGUCGAGAGAAAUGUAGAUAAAUAUGUUAUUUUUCAAGUUCGCGAUAGUGUAUAAAUUGGCAAUUUGUUGUGUGGUCGUAUGAGAUGCACGCCCAUGCUUGUUCUUGUGAUUGAGGUUUUAGUUGCUCGGAACUUCCUGAGGAUGUUUGUUAGCAAGUGUAAAUAUGGAAAGCACUAUUAUACUGUAUGUCUUCUUUCAAGUAUGCAAGGCGCGGUGUAUAAAUUCUCCUAUGUGUUGUACUGUUAACUGAAAUGGUUUUGAGCUUUAUUCUCUCGCAUGUAUAUCUCAAUGAUUGAAUUUCUCUUCCAACUGGUUAUAAUUGUAAAAGUUAAUGCUAUUUGUUUUUUUUUUU